AUGGCUUCUGUUCGAGUCACAGGGAACUGGACAUUUUCCCUAACAUUCAAUUUACCACUGGGAAAAAGGGAGGCUAGGCCCAGUGCUCUCAUUUAUUUGCUCAGACCGAGUUCACCUUCAGAGGAAACGUACCUUCCCGCGGGGCCACCAGCAGAGGGCGGCGGAGGGGCGCCGCGCACGCCGAGGCCGCGCGUCCUCCCCGGGCGCAGCGCGGAGCUGGGCCUUCCCCCGGCUUCUGCAAGAACAGUGCAACUAGCAAGUACAUCCAGUCUACCGGGAAGACAACUCUGUUCAGCUCGCACAAAUAAGCCAGUAUUGACUCUGUUCACCAAGAAACCUUGCCCUCUUUGUGAUGAAGCAAAAGAAGUGCUUGAGCCAUAUAAGAGAAGGUUUAUUUUGCAGGAGGUGGAUAUUACCCUUCCGGAGAACUCGUCAUGGUAUAAUAAAUACAAAUAUGACAUACCUGUUUUUCAUUUGAAUGGGAAGUUCUUAAUGAAGCAUCAAGUAGACAUUCAAAAGUUUGAGGACCAGCUUACGAAGCUGGAGAAGCAUAAUGAUGGAAACCAUUGAAGCAAAUACGGUUGUUCCAAUGUGGUUCUGAAACAACUGUGCAAAAUAAAUGGUAUGAAGAAAUAGUACUCAUUAUCUCGCCUUACUUUUCUUAGAACUUACUGUACCUAUGUUCUUAAAAAAAUUGGGUGACUCAUAUUCUGUUUUGUAUUAGUCAUUCAGUCCAGCUGCCUCAGUAGCAACUGUAGAGAGCAUCUGCUGUAUUCCUACACUGUGGCUUUUCACUGAUAGAAUAAAUGUUGCUCCAUAGCAGCAGAGAAAAUGAAACGUGCUUUGAGAUUGUUAGUAUGUGUAAGCUGCAGGUCUGUAAGAGACAUGAAGUAUAGUAGUCUGUCCCAAGUGAUCAUUUUGAAGUGGAGAAGAAGGCUGUAAAUGUGCUGUAAAUGAAAAGGACACUUGAUUAAAGGUGGCAUAUUCUCAACGAAGGAGAGUUGUACCUAUAGAAUAAUCAGCACAAUUUGAUGAAGCUAUUAUUCAUACAUAAACAGUUGAGUGUUUUUUUUCUCAUGUGGUGAACAUGUUGCACUUAAAUACAUUCUGUCUUCUACUGCAAGCUUUGAGCUCCUCAGUACUAGAGUUACUCCCCAUCACAACUGAGAAAGAAAGAAGGGAAUGAAGUACAAUAGAGCCAAACAAACAGGAUCUGCAAUGAAAGCAACAUUUAUUAGCUCCAAAUUAAUUUCUACUAAUGUCAUUAAUUUCAGACUAUAAAGAGGUACGCAAGAAGCCCAAAGAGCUUAUUUUAAAAUUUUCUGGCUUAAAAUAAUAGGAUUUCUCCAUUAGUUUCCAGUUACGUUCUUUAAAAACAAACAAACAAACAAAAACCAUAAAUUAGUACACUUUUGGUCUCCUUAGAGAUACUUAUGGCAUAUUUGUCCAACAUUACAAACCAAAUGAACAGAAAACUUCUUCCUCUUACUGUAUUAUGGGAACGCUGCUUGAGCCUAUGAGCUAGGGCUCUGUGGUAAUUCAAUCCAUUCUUUAUACUUCUUAACAGAGAGGAGUCACAUUUCUGUUCACUCUACAAGACAGCUGUAAAUCCAUUUAUCAUUUGGCAACAGUAGCCUUUUGUUAAGGGCUCUGCAGUUCUUUUAGUGUGUCAUUGGCAAUGAAAAUAUGUAUGGUAAUCAGAGAAUGCCUAUGUUAAAUAUAUUUUUCAGAAGCAGGAGAAAAGCAAAAGCUCAGCUGUUCUAAGGUGAAUGGGCUGUAAUAAACACUGAAAAAAAGUCAGCUUAAGGUCUCCUUGAUAGAACCUUCUAAACAUAAGCUCAUACAUAUGUGCUGCAUUUCUGUUCUUUUCUAUCACAUGUUCUCUAUUAAAAAUGUAAGCAAGGAUGCUUAGCAGAUACAGUCUUCAGAGAGGGAAGAAUCCAGACACAGAGCUCAGUAAGAACAGCAAGCUGAAAUUCACUGAGAUGCAUUACAGCUUCAGCUCUUCGGGUAUGGUUGAAUAACAAAACAGCUAAUCCACUCAUGUGAAAAUGGUAGUCCCACUGUCAGCCCGUCCUGCGGUGUCAUCUUCUAUCCACUACCCAAUUCUGGUGGAUUCUGCUAGAGGAAAGCUUUCUGGGCAUCAAAGGGUGAGAAAAAACUUUUUUCCAGUUCAGCAACUUGAGUGCACUCUGCAAGGGAUCUGAAAAUAUCUGAGAAUUGCUAGAAGAGAGAACUGUAAGUUGUGGAGAUUGUUUAAAAUAAUAAUUAAAAAAAAAAAAAAAAGAUGGAAUUUCUUAGGAAUAAGUGACUGAACCCAAGUAACCAAACAAAAUAUUAAAUGUAAUGUUUUCACCAACAGGAGGAAAAAAAAUGUGGAACCUGUUACAAAAAAAUGCUGCUUGCAUUGUGUGCUGCAGCAUAGUGUUGCCCUACCCACAGUGCUUUUCACCAUUAAAACGAACACAGGUCCCUAGAGACAAAAUCUUCCACACUUUCUGCAGUUUAUAAUGCUGUAAGUUUGCCACAGGGUACCAUUAAAUAAUACGUCUGAAUUAUCUCUUGUGUCAGCAACCAAAUGCCAAGAUCUAUCUUUGUAGUUUGGGAUGGUUUCAGAUAGCCUGGAUUUUUCCAUGCUGAGAAUCUUGUAAUGAGAUAACUGACACACAGUGCUUUUCAAGUAUACAUCAAACGAUUUUCUAAAAUACACCAUUAUUAUCUCAAAGAUACACAGGACAGAGGUCUUGCCCCAUUUCCCAAAACACAUAACUGACAGAGGCUGGAAUAGCCAUCAGAGAGCAAUUUUCCUUUAGUUUUAAUAAGCUCUGUUUUUGUGGGGGAAAAAAAGGAAACCAAAAGCAGGUUACCUCAUUGUCCUUAUUCAUCCGGGCUGUGGAGGUUCUCUUCUGUAGUCCAGGCAGAUUUUCUUCCACUUUACUUUGUGACAUGGAUGGUAACAUGAAUUUUAUAAUAGCUUUUGACUAUGACUUAGCCUUUGUCAGUUGGAUGGAGGUUUUCUAUUUUUGCUGUGGGUUCUAGUGGUGUAUAAUAUAGAGAGGGGUGACUGCCUCUUCCAGUUUUCUUCCAGUUUGGAAUCAAAUGCAGCCCUGUCUUAUGCACACCUAAUCCUAUUUUUCUUGUCAAGGAGAGGUCGUCAUAGACCUCUGUGCCAGCAGCAGGCCUUGACUCUGUUUGGUAUGGAAAUAUCAGUUCCAGCCACCCAACCUCAACCACCACCCCACCCUUUCAAAGCCAAACAUGGGAUAUAACGCCAGAGCCUUUCAGUAGUGUAGGAGAGCUUGCUGUUCUUCUGUUUCAAGGUAGCAGAAGCUCUGUUGGACACAAAGAUGAAAACGGAUCAUUAAUGUGGAGUGUGGGCUUGCACAUCUCACAGAAGUAGUGGACCUGCAGUCAUUUCUAGGUGAAACCCCACUGGACAGGGUGAUGGGCAAGAGGCUGGUAGUUCAUUUUGGACCACAUGUGCUGCAAGGUUCGCACUGCAAGUUUAGGUUCUGUCAAGGUUGCAGAUGUUAGUUUCUUCUCUUACCAUCAUCAUUCUCCUUGACUGGGAGAUCCUUGGUGGACCAGAAUUUUGCCUCAAAUAAUUAACUGUUUCCCAUUUCCUUUGAUGUCCAGGGAGACUAAAUGGCAUGGUGUUGCUGGGUCUGUUGCUUUCAUCUUCCAAAAACAAGAAGGGAAGGAACAAAUCAUACGUAAACUUUUUUUUUUUCUUACAUCCUAUUUCUGGCCAGUUGAAAAGUGCAUACACAAUGUCCAGUCUUCCUCCAGUAACUAUAGUUUGCAAACUCCCACCAAGCUUACCCACUUACCUGUUCAACUUCUCCAGCUUUUUGUUGAUGUCUUGACACAACACAGCCCACAAAUGGGAUGGCCUUAUUUGAGAAGGGGUGGUGGUGUGACUCUCAUAAAGUCUACUGUGGUGUUGAUGAGCUUGGGGCUGGGAGUAAUGAGAUUGAGACUAUGGCUAAGGAUCAAGGGCAGGGCCAACAAGGUGGGCACCCCAAUGGGGAUCUGCUGUAGACUGCAUAACCAGGAUAAAGAGACAGAGGCAUUCUACAAACAGCUGGCAGAAGUUCAUAGAAUCACAGAAUAGUUUGAGUUGGAAGAGACCUUUAAGAUUAUCUAGUUUCAACACCCUCUGCUAUAGGCAGGGACAUCUCUGUCUAGAUCAGGUUGCUUGAAGUCCCAUCUAGCCUGGACCUGAAUGCUUCCAGGGAGGGGGAUAUCCACAGACUCAUGGGGCAGCCUAUUCCAAUGUGUCUCACCACCUUCACAAUGAGGAAUAUUGGUGUCUGCCUAAAUCUACACACUUCCAGUUUAAAACCAUUUCACCUUGUCCUGCUGCUACCUGCCCUUAUAGAAACUCCCUCCCCUGCUUUUCCAUAGACCUCCUUCUAGUACUGGAAGGUCGCUAGAAGGUCCCCUAGAAGUCCCAGCUCUCAGCCUGUACUCGUAGGGGAGGUGCUCCAGCCCUCUGACCAUCUUCAUGGCACUCCUUUGGACCUGCUCCAACAGCUCAAUGUCCUUGUGUUAGGGGCCUCAGAACUGCACUCACAGAAUCGCAGAAUCACAGAAUGGCCAAGGACCAUUCUGGACCUCAAGGAUCAUGAGUCUUCAAUCCCCCUUCCACAUGCAGGGCCACCAACCUCCCCAUUUAAUACUAGACCAGGCUGCCCAGAGCCCCAUCCAAUCUGGCCUUGAACACCUCUAGGAAUGGGGCAACCACAACUCUCUGGGCAGCCUUUUCCAGCACCUCACCUCUCUCUCUGUAAAGAAUUUCCCCCUGACAUCCAACCUAAAUCUCCCCUCCCUCGACUUAAAACCAUUUCCCUUGUCCUCCUGUUAUCUACCCUUUCGAAGUGUUGACUCCCCUCCUGUUUGUAGGCUCCCUUUAGGUACUGAAAGGCUACAAUGAGGUCACCCUGCAGCCUUCUUUUCUCCAAGCUGAACAAGCCCAGCUCCCUUAGCCUGUUUUCGUAGGAGGCACUCCAGGUGGGGUCUCAUGAGAGCAGAGGGGUCGAAUAACGCUUCACUUGAUGCAACCCAGGAUAUAGUUGGCCUUCUGGGCUGCAAAUGCGCAUUGCUGCCUCAUGUUGAAUCUUUCAUCAACUGACACUCUCAAAUCCUUCUCUCAGGGCUGCUCUCAAGCCGUUCACCUGUAUCCGUGCUUGAGAUUGCCCUGACCCAGGCGCAGAACCUAGUAGUUGGCCUUGCUGAACUUCAUGAAAUCGGCAAGGGCCUACCUCUCAAGCAUGUCCAGGUCCCUCUGGAUAGCAUCUCUUUCCUCUAGCAUGUAAACUGCACCACUCAGCAUGGUGUCAUCUGCAAACUUGCUAAGGGUGCAUUUGAUCCCACUUCUGUGACACUUACGAAGAUGUUAAAUUUAACAUCAGUCCCAAUCCCUGAGGAACAUCACUUGUCACUGAUUUCCAUUUGAACAUUGAGACAUUGACCACAACUCUGAUUGCGACCAUCCAGACAAUUCCUUAUCCAGCAAGUGGUCCAUCCAUCAAAUCCAUUUUUCUCCAAUUUGACAACCCGGAUGUCAUAUGGGACAGUGUCAGUUGAUUUGCACAAGUCCAGGUGGAUGACAUCAGUUGGUCUUCCUUUAUCCACUGAUCCAACUCCAUCAUAAGAGGUCACCAGGUUUGUCAGGUAUGACAUGCCCUUGGUGACGCCAUGUUGGUUACCACCACUCACCUCAUCUUUACUUUCCAUGUGCCUUAGCAGGGCCUUCAGGGCCUGAUGGGAGGAAUGCCCUUCAGAGGAGUCUGGACAGGCUCGGUUAGUGGCCUGAGGCCAUUGGAAUGAAGUUCAACAAGACCAAGUGCUUGGUCCUGCGCUUGGGCCAAAAUCCCCAGCAGCACUACAGACUUGGGGCAGAGUGGCUGGAAGACAGUGUAGAGAAAAUGAACCUGGGGGUACUGGUUGACGCUCAGCUGAACAUGAGCCAAUGGUGUGCCCAGGUGGCCAAGAAGGCCAAUGGCAUCCCAGCUUGUAUCAGAAACGGUAUUGCCAGCAGGAGUGGAGAAGUGACCAGCCCUCUGUACUUUGCUCUGGUGAGGCUGCAGCUCUAGUAUCAUGUUCAGUUUUGUGCCCCUCACUACAAGAAAAACACUGAGGCCCUGGAGCAUGUUUAGAGAAGGGCAACAAAACUGGUGUGGAGUCUGGAGCACUGACCUUGUAAGGGGCAGCUGAAGGAGUGCUAUUGUUCAGUCUGGAGAAGAGGAGGCUCGGGGGAGACCUUAUCACUCUCUACAACUACCUGAAGGGAGGUUGUGGUGAGGUGGGAGGCAGCCUCUUCUCCCUUGUAACCAGCAGUAAUAGUAGAGGGAAUGCCCUCAAGUUGUGCCAGGGGAAGUCCAGAUUGGACAUUAGGAAGUACUUCUCCAAGAAGAUGGUCAGACGUGGUAAAGGGCUGCCCACGGAAGUGGUACAAUGGCAUUGCUGGAGGUGUUCAAGAAACAUUUAGAUGUUGCAGUGAGGGACAUGGCUUAGUGAAAAAUACUGAUGAUAGGUGGAUGGUUGGACUGGAUAAUCUCUGAGGUCUUUUCCAACCUUGGUGAUUCUAUGAUUCUAUGGUGGAGCCCCAUACAUAGCCAACUGCAUGCUCUACAGCAGCAGUCACUGUGAUAGCUUCUUGGCUAUGCCAGCAAGAUUUAGUAAAGCUGAUAAACUUCCACGAGUGUCCUCCGUUUUUUUUCCCUCAUUUACUAUUCUGUCUCCUCAGCAGCAUGCUUCAUAUUAAAAAAACGAAACAAAUUUUUAUUACAGUGGGGAAAUAGCAAACAGAGAAUUUAUGCUUGAGACUACUGAAUAAUCCGAACAACUUCUCAAUUCCCAAGACAUUUGUACUUGUAAGAUGUGAAACAGGAAAGAAACAAUCCAGAUAAGCUUCAUGGAUGGACCAAUGUCUUUUCUAUAACACAACAGAGGUGGGCUUCUGCAGGUGGGAAAUAGGCAAUCCCUAUUGUGAACAUGAGGACUAUUUGCCUGGGUUGUAGAGUGAGUGUACUCAGGAUGGAAGCUGAUGGAGAAACUGGUGGAAGAUAACUGUACCUCAAGAGCACCGUAGGGCUGAUCCUUAAUCUUUUACCUACAAAAUGCUUGUUUUGCUGUGAUGAAGCCAGUCCUAAAGAUCAGUAGUAAUCUGAACAGGGAAAGUGCCAGACUCAGCUCUAAGCUCUUUGCUUGUCUCUUCUCCUCUUGAGGAUGGGAGCCUUCAAAUGUCACCUUGUCUGGAGAAUGCAGCUGGCCAGACUGCAGCUGGCCAGAAGGAGACCCUCCAUCUUUUUGGCCAGGUGAUCAAUGAAGGUGAAAAAAACCUUCUGUGUCCAAGGCGGAGGCCAGUGACCCCUGCCAACAUGUCCUGUGGAAAUGUUUAUAUGAAAAGCACUGGCUCCUUGUCCAUGAGAAGAAGCCUUGUCAGAGGAGCUGGUCUGAAGAAAUUAAGUCAGAGGUGCUUGCUGUCCUUUCUGGGAUCAGGCCUCUCCCACUGUGGAAGGAACUCAUUGAGUGUUUGCUGAAUAUUCCACAGAGCAGAAGUCAUCCAUGAGGUUAUUCUUCUCCAUACCCACUGUUUAGUGACCAAGCAAUUGGUCAGCGUUUGUCUGAAAUUUGGAUCAGGUGGGACAGUCAAGAAACAAUGACUGACAUCCCAAAUCUUAAUUUGCAUCUUAGGGCUGAGGAUGGUGUUCAGCUGUCUCUGUGAUGAGGUGGCAUGGGGAGGUGGUACCUAUCUCCUGGUAGGUGAGCUACACUGAAAGGGAAAGAGCAAGAACCAGUACCAGGAUUUCAGGGGAAAUGGGAGCAACUGUAGUUGCCAUGAAUUGACUUGAGCUGCUGGAUGUCACUUGGAAAAGUUCUGUCUCCUGCAACCAUAGUGCUUUAAUUGCUGGCUGUGCCCACUUACUCUUGUGUGGGAUUUAUUUUAGUUUUCUUCUGUCAGCAGUGAUUGUAUUUAGAAAUGAAUUGCAGCAUGCUGAUAUAUAGAAAAUCUGUUCUUAAAUUCACAUUGCCCAGUGCAAAGCAAUCACUAAUAAUGUUAUCCACAUGGUUAAGACUGUUGAAAACCUGGCAGCUGAAGCAUGAGGAACCUUGUCACUUACAGUUUGACGCAGAAAGUGAGGCCAAGAGAUGGCAGCCUCAUAGUUGAUAUAUGCAAGUUGCUUGGCAGUUUGAAAAGUCAAGCAAGCUUAGGCCAUGGGCUGGGGUUAGGCUGAAAGCAAGGGCAGUAUACUUGAUCUCCUCUAUGGCUCUCCAGGCAGCUGGCUUUUCUCUAAGUAAGAAUGGAAGCAGUGUUUAUUUGUUAGUGAAAACCACAAGCUGCUGAAGUACUUGUGCCAGUAAGCCUGUCAGUGAGCCUUUUGGGUAACAGUGCAUCCUUGGUGUAGACAGACAUCAAUCUCUUUGCUCUCUCUAUUCUUGGAGCCAGUGGGGAGCAGCCAACUCUGUAUCAAACUGUAACAGCCCACAGCUCUGCCAAGGAAUAUGGAAUGUUUUAGGAGUUUUUUGAAGGUGGUAGCAGUUUAAUGGCUGAGUUGGAGUCCCACAUGCCAAAAAUGCAGUAGUUGUGGACUGGCCAGGAGGGUGGGGUGGACUGAGAUUCCUCUUUGCCUAUAAAAUCUUGG